ACAGCCCACUCGAGCGACAGCGUUAACGAGAGCCCAAAGGUCAUCCACGAGGACAGUGGACAGACGUUGUAUAUACAUUACUGUUUUUGCUACUUUUUUCGCACAUUUGGCUUCAAGCGCGUUGUUCAGUAAAUAAAUUGCAUGAGGUUUUUGCGGUCAUCCUUAUACCACGAAAUUCUAGUUGUAUAGCAGAUAGAAAUGUACUGUAUUUUAACAUUUAUCACGAUAGCCAUAGCGGCAUCAUUAAGCUAUGCAACACACACUAAUAGGACCGAAGCCCAUGAGUGCGGACAGCCGGAUGUGGUUUGUCAUGGACUGAAAAAAGGCUGCGUGGCUAGUGAUUUCCACACCUGUGAAGUUCUGGCGACAAUUGCUUCCCACGAUAACGAUACCUUGUGGAUCGAUCUGUCUGCGUUUGCCAGCAAGGAGAACCUGCAGCUAAACUUUACAAACCGUUGGAUUGGAGUGGGAUUUUCGCUGAGUGGACAGAUGCCGAACUCUGCCGUUGUGCACUGUUUUAACGACGAACAUAACGUAGUGCAAGCUAAAUUGACCUUUAAUGUUCCGAAUCGCCACUUCAACACUGGAUGGAAAGACAUCGAUCAAACACCUUUGCAAGUGGACAGUGCCAAAUUAGAGAAUGGACAUUUGCAAUGCAUAGUCAGGCUGAAGAAGCACUUCACCUUAAAGAAUCCUCAAAAGGACGAUUCUGUUUACGAUUUAGUGCAAGAUCACCAUCUCAUUCUGGCUACCGGACCGCUCAAAGACGGAUCGAUAUCCCGUCACGAUAAGGCUCCUCAUAUUUCGGAAAAGGCUCAUAAGUUUUAGAUUCUGAAAGAUAUGUUUUAUUCCGUCAUUGUAGUCUAGCUAGCAUAAUCAUUGCGCAAAUAUUUACUUCUGAUCCAAUUUUGCCAAUAUUAAAGUUGUUUACUUCUUGGAAAACAAUGACGUAACGAUCGAUCGUUUGGUGUUGUGUCAUCAGCUGCCAAAUGUUGCGUAUGUUCGCAUACCAAAUCUGUUGCACUUGAAAUGGUGUAUUAUAAUACGGUACGGUGUUUGUACGACAGAAAGGAUUAAAUUAUAA